AUGGCCGCCGCCGCCCGCUCGGCGCAUCACGCAUCGACCAGCGAGACCCCCGCGAGCGUCAUCACCAAGAGCGCGGUGUUCAAGCUCGGCAUCCACCCGAGCGCCAUGCACGACGCCCUCGGGGGCGCGAAGGAGCUCCUCGACGGCAUGCUCAUGCGCCACCACCACCAGCUCGGCGGCGUGCUCGUGUCCUACGCCGACGCGCGUCUCGUCGGCAGCGACGCGCGGAUAAUCCACCAGGCUGGAUACUGCGACGUCCACGUGCGCUGCACCGCGCGGGUCUUCUGCCCGAAACCAGGGCGCAAGCUCCUGGGCGUGGUGAACAAGGUGGGCGCGGACUUCGUCGGCAUGCUCGUCAUGGGCGUCUUCAACGCCUCCGUCUCCGCGGCGGACAUCUCGGACGAGUUCAUCCACAACCCAAUCGACGCGAGCCCGGGGGGAUGCUGGGAGAGCGCCGAGGAUAACGGCGAGCACCGAAUCGCGGUCGGCGACGAGGUGGUGUUCGUGGUCAAGGCGGUGAGCGAGCACGACGACGUGUUGCACCUGUUGGGAAGUUUGAAGGAGGAAGGCACGGGUGAGGCGACGCGGGUGUCGCGGUCGGGGUACUCGCUGCCCGAGUCGAUCUUGUCGGGAGGAGGGAGCCGCCCGAACGGGAAUGGCGGAAGGGACGGGGAGGUCGCGGGUUCGAUCCCCGGCGGGGUGACGACGUCGGGUGGCGACGGCGUCGUCGGCGGCGCGGGGGGCUCGGAAGGGGACGUCGCGACGCCGAAGAAGAAGGGGAAGAAGGGGAAAAACGGCGUCAACGGCGCAAACGGAAAGUCCUCGGAGAAGAAGGAUAAGAGCGCCAAGAAGGAGAAGAAGGAGAAGAAGGAAAAGGCGGAGAAGAAGGAGAAGAAGGAUAAGAGCGCCAAGAAGGAGAAGCGAAAGCGCGAGGACUGA